AUGUCUGGUUACAUGCACCCUCUUCUAGGGCAAGAGCUGCAUCUACAGAGACCUGAAGAUUCCAGAACCCCACCUGACCAUAACAACAUGGAACUCAACAGAUCUGAAGCAGACGAAGCAAAGGCCGAGACCACUCCCACCGGUGGAGCAACCAGCUCAGCCACCGCCUCUGGCUCUUCCUCCGGACGCCGUCCACGUGGCCGUCCCGCAGGUUCCAAGAACAAACCUAAACCUCCAACUAUCAUAACCAGAGAUAGUCCUAACGUCCUUAGAUCCCACGUUCUUGAAAUUACUUCCGGCUGCGAUAUAUCUGAAGCUAUUUCCACCUACGCGACUCGCCGCGGCUGCGGUGUUUGUGUUAUAAGUGGUACGGGAGCGGUGACUAACGUCACGUUACGGCAACCGGCGGCUCCGGCGGGUGGAGGUGUGAUUACACUGCAUGGUCGGUUUGAGAUAUUGUCUUUGACCGGAACAGCGCUUCCACCGCCUGCGCCACCGGGAGCAGGUGGUUUGACGGUGUAUCUAGCCGGAGGUCAAGGACAAAUUGUAGGAGGGAAUGUGGCUGGUUCGUUGAUUGCUUCAGGUCCGGUAGUGUUGAUGGCUGCGUCUUUUGCAAACGCAGUUUUUGAUAGGUUACCGAUCGAGGAGGAAGAAACUCCGCCGCCGAGAACCACCGGAGUGCAGCAGACUCAGCCGGAACCGUCUCAGUCAUCGGAGGUUACGGGGAGUGGGGCUCAGGCGUGCGAGUCAAACCUCGGAGGUAGAAACGGAGGAGUCGCUUUCUAUAACCUUGGAAUGAAUAUGAACAAUUUUCAAUUCUCCGGCGGAGAUAUCUUCGGUAUGAACAGCGGUGGCAGCGGAGGAGGAGGAGGUGAUGGUGGAGGUGGGGGUGUCGCUAGGCCCACGUUUUAG